UCUAUACAUAUGUGUUCACAGGGGCUUCACAAAGUACCAACUACCAACACAAAUCUUCACAUUUCCUUCUCUCCAAAGCCUUCUCUAUUCUCCAAAAUCUCAUUUAAUUCAUUCUUUCUCCUCUAUACAAAAUCAUGGGAAUCCGAUUUCUCGUUACUAUUCAGGCUAAGGUUGUUCUUCGCCGGUCUAUUUUUCCUGCAAGCCAAAUAGCUGCCAAUGCAGCACAUGUCCCAAAAGGCUAUUUAGCAGUGUAUGUUGGAGAGUCUCAAAAGAAAAGGUUUUUGGUUCCGAUAUCGUACUUGAACCAACCGUUGUUCCAAGAGUUGCUGCACAAGGCUGAAGAAGAAUUUGGGUAUAGUCAUCCUAUGGGUGGUCUCACUAUUCCUUGCAGAGAAGAUACCUUCCUCAAUCUUACUUCUGUUUUGAAUGGAUUGUGAGAGUGGAAAGAGGGAGAAAUCUCCGGCGAUAGAGAUUUCAUCACAGACACUUUUUGUAGAUUAGGAACAUCGAAUUCCAUGUACAUAGCAUCAACUUUUUUAUGUAUGUGUAGUUGGUUAUGGGGAAAAAACGAAAGAGACAAAUCUAUCUUUACAAGAAAUGAGAAACAAAAUUUCCUAUACAAUUUGUUGUGCAACGUCUCGAUAUACAGAAACUGUCAUUCCAGCAUUUGAAAUC